UGCUGCCGGGAUUCCUUACGUUUACUUGCUGCCCCUGGCACCAGCAAAUUUUUUGGCAGUGUUUUGGGGAAGCGUCAGGCCUGCUGGGCCUGUGUGAUAUACUUUCUGUCUCCUGAGUAGGAGGUCUGGUGCUCUGCGAAGGAUUUGACUUACUGUACCGUUACCCUACUGUACGCAGGCUAGGGCUGUGUUAUACAGCUCUUCUUUGACGUUUACCGAAGCAAAGAAUCUCAGCUGACCAGAAGUUUGAAUGCAUGGCUAUGUCGUGCAAUCUUAUCGGGUUAUCUGGAAUACCUAAUUGCGGAUUAGAGGAUUCCUAUAGAAAAUGAUAUUGUAUUAAAGUUAUGUUAUUGAAAAUAAGAAAGUUUUUGAUACAACUUAAUAAAAGUUAUUUUUAUGACUCCUUGUUUGUGGGUUUCAGUAAUUAAAUUACACAAAAUCAGAAGAUUUUGUUUACAGGCCAGUUAAACAUCAUCUGAGAUGAUCAAACUGUCCACAUAAACCAAGGACUAAUUUUCAGUCUGCUGUUGUAUGGCUGUCCUUUCAAUCCUCCUGCAGUGGGAUGGAUCUAUAAGGCCUAAAGUUCCCAAAAUAGGAAAAGAAUGACACUCUUGUAAUUUUUCUUUUUAUUUGUGGUAAAAGUUAUCUUAAAUUUUUAGCUUUGGUUUAGUUUUAACUCGCCUUCCUGUGGGUGAGUCUUCGGUUGAAUUGUCUCUGGCUUCUGAAAUCAAACAGCGUGGUCUCUGGUGGUCAGAUAGCAUAACUAGUCGUGGAGCAGUCCCACCUGCUACCACAAAAUUCACUUGCUGGAUCAGUACAUGCAAUCUUUCAGGGUUCCUUGCCAUAGGGUGUAUAGCAUGUGUUGAAAUCUCUUCAUGACGAGUCCUAUAGAAAGGAUGCUGUGACAGCUGUUGCAUUCCAGGGUGGAAAUGAGGUUGCAGCAUCAGAAGUGUUGGCAAAGUAGCCCUGCCUGUGGCAGUGCACCCGGUCUCUUAAUCUUUGCCAGGCGGCAGCUACGUGCUCCUGUAAAGACAGAGGCACAGGCAGCUACAUUUGUCUGAUUCAGCGUUUCUGGAAGAACAAGCCCUGAGGUCAGUUGUAGCUUAGGUACUAAGGCUGCUGGAGUGAGACACGCUUGGGAAGUAGAGAGCCAGAUCAGGGAGUUGGGUGACAGAGAAACAGGUAUAGUGUUGGUGUUGGAUGUUGGUAAACCUAAUGGGGUAGCUUGGAGAUGUGGAGGAUAUGUUUUAAGGCCCUUUGAAAAUUUUACAUUGUGUUUGGUUAAUGCUGUCAUAGCAUUUAACACAUUUCCUUUUGAAGGGACAAUUCUAUUCCAAGUUGACUAAUCCCUGAACUUUUAAAACCACAACAAGAUGGCGUGCGGUACUAGUGAGUCACUGAUUGUGAAUCAUACAUGCUUCAGUACAAAUAAAUGAAUCCCUUUGUUUCAUUUAUUUUUGUUUUGGUAGUGUCUGGAAGGCCCAGAGAAGGAUCAUGACCUUGUAGAACUAGGUGUUGUAUAAGCAUGCACAAAAAGACAGACCCUGAGCCUUCAUAUACCCUUUUCUAUCUGUUUAUUUAAGCUUGAUUUCAACUUGUUUUACCAACAGGAAUAAAAAUAAGUGUGUCUAAAACUCUCUAAAAUCGGAGUCUAAUAGUAAACAUUUCUGCCUUGUGGAAUUUGGUAGUUUAAAUAGUCUAGGAAGGAAAAGGUGGCAGCACUAUAUAAUGGGCUAUGCCUCCCAGGAAGAGAGAAACCAUAGGGGUGUUAGCUUGCUGGCAAAUGUACAUCUCCAUAUCUAGUCCUGGAAACUGAAGACCCCUUGAAUUCCAGUCCAAUAUCUUAGUUGCAGAAAUUGUAUUAACUACAUUCAUUACUUGCAUUAAUUACAGUACUGCAUUUGUAAAGGUGAUUUGAAGUAUUAAUUGACUUUUCAAUGGAAAAUUAUAUGUAGAGGGAGCAGUAGAUGGUGUUACGUGUGUGUGUGUAACUCCGCUCUGUCCCACUCCCUUGUAUGGCCGUUUUUGUUCUUGGGAGAGGCGUGUGCCAAAGAAUUGGCUUUUGGCUCAAAGAGAUUUUCUUCUGAAUUAGCACUUCUCUGCAGCUGAUUUCUGUGAAACCUAACUAUGAAAAUUCACUAGGCUGCAAUUGUAAAACUAAUUUGCGGAAUGAACUGCAGAAAGACUAAACGGCAAUGUAGAAACUGCUUAUGAGAGCUGUCUACCCUUGACUUUAUCAGUUAUCAUCAUUUGCUCAUGAAUACAUGUUAGCUUGCUUAAUAGUUGUAUAUUAAUCAGGCCUAGAUACUGGGAGGCUGGGCUUCAGCACUUAGAGACGGGUAAAUACAUUGUUCGUUGUGUUCUGUCCACAUCAACUGGACUGUAGGCUUUUUGCUCUAGAGUAUGUAUGCGUGAAGGACGACAUGCUUCAAUUAAUGUUUCUUUGUCCCCAUCUUCAUUGGUAUUACAUUAAUGCACGAUAUGAGACGCCGUGUGAAGGGGAGCUCGCCAAACAGCCCUUGUAAAGGGGAGUGGAAGUGGGUGAGUGCCUGCUGCUGUCAGAAAGCUUCAGCCUACACUUCAGAGAGCAAAUCAUGAUUCUCGAUAGAGCAUGUAAUGGGUUUCUCUUGGAAUCGUUUUCUUCUGCAGUCCCUGAGUGAUCCAUAUGAACUCUUCUACUUCAAAACAAAGCAAAAAAGUAUAUGCAUGUUGAUUCUGCAUUACGAUAAUGGCAGGAAAAGUAAAGUGGGUAACUGACAUAGAAAAAUCUGUUCUAAUAAACAACUUUGAAAAAAGAGGCUGGAUUCAAGUGGCAGAAAAUGAAGACUGGAAUUUUUAUUGGAUGAGCGUACAAACAAUCAGAAAUGUUUUCAGUGUGGAAACUGGUUACCGCCUCUCUGAUGACCAAAUUGUCAAUCAUUUUCCAAACCAUUAUGAACUGACCAGAAAAGAUUUGAUGGUAAAGAAUAUCAAGCGAUACAGGAAAGAACUUGAGAAAGAAGGAAGUCCUCUUGCAGAAAAGGAUGAAAAUGGGAAGUAUAUUUAUUUGGAUUUUGUUCCUGUUACUUUUAUGCUUCCUGCCGAUUAUAAUCUCUUCGUUGAAGAAUUCAGAAAAAAUCCCUCCAGCACUUGGAUUAUGAAACCUUGUGGCAAAGCUCAAGGAAAAGGAAUAUUUCUAAUCAAUAAACUCUCCCAAAUUAAAAAAUGGUCUCGAGAUAGCAAAACAUCUUCGUUUGUAUCUCAGUCUUCCAAAGAAGCCUAUGUGAUUUCUCUCUAUAUCAACAAUCCGUUACUUAUUGGUGGAAAGAAAUUUGAUCUUCGUCUAUAUGUUUUAGUAUCUACAUAUCGUCCACUGAGAUGUUACAUGUAUAAACUUGGAUUUUGCCGGUUUUGCACAGUAAAAUAUACACCAAGUACAAGUGAAUUGGAUAACAUGUUUGUCCAUCUUACAAAUGUUGCCAUUCAGAAACAUGGGGAUGAUUACAAUCAUAUCCAUGGAGGCAAGUGGACAGUGAGUAACUUACGCCUGUAUCUGGAGAGCACCCGUGGAAAGGAAGUCACAAACAAAUUAUUUGAUGAAAUUCACUGGAUAAUUGUGCAGUCACUAAAGGCUGUUGCGCCUGUAAUGAAUAAUGAUAAACACUGCUUUGAGUGUUAUGGAUAUGACAUUAUCAUUGAUGACAAGCUUAAACCAUGGCUAAUUGAGGUUAAUGCUUCCCCUUCUCUUACUUCCAGUACUGCUAAUGAUCGCAUCUUGAAGUAUAAUCUUAUUAAUGACACACUUAACAUUGCUGUGCCUAAUGGGGAAAUUCCGGACUGUAAAUGGAAUAAAUCUCCACCAAAAGAGGUUCUUGGCAAUUAUGAAGUCUUAUACGAUGAAGAGAUGGCACAAAGUGAUGGGCCUGAUCGUGACUUACGAAGUCGUUCUGGACAAUCAAUGGGAGUAAAAGGAAAUCGUGCAAGAGAUUCAGGAAAGCCUGUGCUAACCACCUGGAAGUGAUAACAGAAAAAACAGCUGCACUCUUGGUAGGAAGACAUCAUGAACAAAAAUGCAGUUUUUGAACAGAUUCCUCUAUUUUGCUACAUUGCAUGUGGGAAAUAUUAAAAGAGGACAAUGCAGCCUUUGAAAAGAAGUGAAACAAACACUCUAAAACCAGCAACUGUACUAGACAUACACUGACUUGAUGAUUAUUACAAUAAUACAUGUAGUAUGUAUGUAUAUAUAAUUAUUUUUUAUAUAUAUAUACUUCGUAUAAACUAAUAUUCUCUUAGUAAUGAUUAAGAACUUUCUUUAUAAAGAUGACAACUCAAAAUAUGCAUUCUGAAAGAAACCCCUUGCUGUUCUGGAUAUAAUUUAUUUCCUAUAGUAGCCUAUCCCUAGCCCCCUAUAAUAAAUGAGCUGUGGAUUUGGUAAAAGGGUGGUAGUGGUGAGUGUUAAUAUUGUCACAGUGAUGGUUCAGAUUCUUGCUAGUAAAAGAAGAGCAACUAGAAAAAAUAGUAAUACAUGGGCUUGAGGCUAUUGUCAAUUAAUGCAGCUAAUGAUUUAUAACCAGUAUUAAGAAAAUGAAAAGCAACUCUUCAUAUGCUGAGGGGUUUCGGUUGGUUUAUUUCGUUUAAGUGUUUUAAGCUGCUAACUCUUUAAAGGUAGAAAGUUUCAUGGACUGAAGGAGUGUUUCAAGUGGUAUAUUGAUGCAUUAUUUCACUAGCCAUUAAUUUUUAUUUCAAGAUAAUAUAUGUCUGUGGAAAAACAGACAAAACAACUACAUACUGUAAUAUAUCUCAUUGCUUGAAGCCGAUGAUAAAUCCUUAUUUCCAUCAGAAUCUCUUCAUGUAUUUAUGCAUGAAUAUAAGUACAAUAUCUAUAUAUUUUUGUAUAUUUUGUGUGCACUGUAACAAAAUUGUUGCACAUGGUAAGCUAUUUCUGGUAGCUAUGAUAACAAAAGUUGUGAUGAUUAGCUACCAAAAUGUAUAGAGCAAAAGUUAAAAAUAGGUAUUGCAGUCCUCUAACAGCAUAGCAUAUAAAUAAACUAGUUGGGUCUGUGAUUGGCUGUUGCUUCCACUUGCAUUUCCACCAGUUAUUGGGCAGUUAUUUAUAAAUGUCAAUGUGCAGUUCUGGUUGUAUUUAUUCUCCUUCCCCCUCAUCCCUUUUAUUUUUCUUUUUUUUUUGAUAGUGGAGUAUUGCGGAGAGAAAGCCGAAGGAGGCUGAGACUUGCAAAUGUCCAUGUAAACAUAAUACACUCUAAUCUGGAUGCCACUAGUGCAGUGACACUCUAUCUGCCUGCCACAGCAGGCUGCAUGCUUUGCCCUCCUAUGUGGCAGGCCAGUAAAGUGCAUGCAAAGUAAACUUAACCUCUCCCAAAAUUUUGAGUUUCUUGAACACGUAAAACAGACUACCUGCAUCACAGAAAAUGUCAGUCCUUUUCCUGCUUUUGAAAGUCCUCCUAGAAGAGGGUAGCUGCUCGCAAGCUGUGGUCUUUGGGACAGUUGGUGUUGAUAACUCAGUCUGAACACAAUCCAGCUAGAGCAGUUUGGGCUGGGGAGGAAGGGCAGAUGUGGGCUGGGCUGACCAAUACUCUUACACAUGAUCUGGGAUUCAUCCUUGCAAUAAAGAAUGAAAUAUGUAGGCUGAAUGAGUCACUUCAAGUGUAAUCCUCAUCUUGACUGAUCUGUAUAUUCCAUUAAAAUAAAGACCAAAAUCCAACUGA